AUGUUCGUGUAUCUCAGCAAGCGCAUCGCCAUGCCUAAUGGCGUGAAGGUGACAUCCAUUGCGUGGAGCGAGGAGCAGGGGUGGCUGGCGUGCGGCGGGGAGAAGGGGUUGCUGAAGGUGCUCAAGGUGGACGGCGGCCCGCAGGGUCAGAGGUCCGGCGGUCUCUCCUCAAGCCAGACGCUGGAGGGACACGACACCACUGUCGACCUGGUCACGUGGAAUCAGCAGUACUGCAAGCUCACAAGCAGCGACGUCAGUGGCCGCAUUAUUGUGUGGAUGCUGCACAAGGGGAUGUGGUUUGAGGAGAUGGUGAACAACCGCAACACCAGCCGCGUCGUCGACUUUUCCUGGAACCCGUCAGGGACGAAGAUUUGCAUUGCCUACGAGGAUGGCGCUGUCAUUGUCGGUGGUGUGGAAGGCAACCGCUACUGGGGCCGUGAACUGCCCUACAAGCUGGCAAAGGUGUGCUGGAGCGCUGACGGCCACUUCAUCCUCUUCGGCACCACGGAGGGCGACGUCUAUGUGCACGACGCGUCCAGCGGCGGACAGCUUAGCCAGGUCGAGAUUCAGUGCAAAGAUACCGACGCCCUGUCCCCGCUGGCCGGGCUGUCGUGGCACCCAGCGUGGGUGGAGCGACCAGAGCCACUGGCGACGCUUGCCGUUUGCUACCAGCACGGCAGAAUUCAGCUCAUGGCCAGCAUCGGCGACGAGGCGCCGUACGUCAUGGACAGCGACAUUCCCAUUCAAUUCGUUUCGUGGAACCCACACGGCACGGUGCUCGCUGUCUCCGCCGUCAUGCCGACCGCCACGGUGGACGCGUCCCUUGUUGUCACGCAGUUCUUCAGCAACGAGGGCAUCCACCUACGCACGCUUCGGGUGGCUGGUAAGCAGUGCGGCGGCAUCGCGUGGGAAGGCGGCGGCCUCCGCGUCGCCAUUGCCGUCGACGCCUCCGUGUACUUCGCGAAUGUGCGGCCCGAGUACAAGUACUGCUACUUCAAGAAGACCGUCGUCUUUGCCUUCACGGUGCCAGACAAGAUCGAAGAGAGUGUCAUGUUUUGGAAUGUCCACACAAACGAGCGGAGGAUGAAGAGCGUGCGUGGCUUACAGUACCUUAGCGCGUGGAAGGACGCCUGCGUGCUGGUCAGCUGCCCCGACGCGGCGCAGCAACAACGCAUGAUCCAGCUGGUGAACGCCAUUGGCAGCCCGUUGGAGACGCGCUUCGUUGACAUGGGGCUGUACACGUACGACAUGAAUUCCUCCGUCGUCGUGUGCUGCGGUGAUGAGUCCGUCUAUAUCUGGCAGUUCCGCGACCCCGGCACGGCGGUGGACGCGCUCGACCCCAUCUCGAUGCAGGCAAGCCGGGCCGAGAGCCUGGAGCGCAUUAUCCACAUAGACGAUAUCGUCCGUAGCGACACGGUGCCGACGAUGAAGGCGCGUUCGGCUCUAACAAAUGAUCUCAUCUGUGCUGUGUGUGUCAGCGAGACGCACAUGUUUGUCUCUCGCGAGUCCGGGACCCUGCACGUCUACCAGCUCAACCCGCUGCAGCUCGUCUCCAAGUGUAUCCUGCCCACUCGUGCGCAGUCUAUGUCAGUGAACUGCAACUCGAGGCAGCUGGCCGUCAUCGACCUCGGUGGCGUCACUAGAUUGUAUUCAAUGGAGCGAGAGAAGUUCUCGCUUGUGCCGUUCAAGGCCGAGCCGAUCGACGGCGUCGAGCUAAAAGACGUGUGGAACCUGCUCUGGGCCGUCGACGACCCGUACCGCUUUGCGGUGAUGGAGAAGACGCGCAUGCUCGUGUACAACCAUGGCGUCGCGGAGGAGCCGGUGCAGUCGUGCGCGAACCUGUGCAGGUUCAAGUCGCUCAAAAUCCGCACGCUGCAGCUGGACGAGCUCCUCCUUGAUCCGGAGCGGCCCCGCAAGGACUACGUGGUUGACUUUGAGGCGCAGCUGCUGCGUGAGAUGCGCGCCGUGCUGCGCGACAGCACUGUCAAGGAGGCGUACGAGUUUGCCGAGUUGCACAACAACGAGAAACUGUGGGAGCUGCUGGCGGAGCACGCGCUCUUCCAGCUGGACUUCACUUACGCCGAGGUGGGAUUCAUCCACUGUAAGGACUACUCUGCUAUUCAGUUUGUGAAGCGGGUCCGCAACCUUGACGACCCGAAGAAGCAGCUGGCUGAGGUGAACGCCUACUACCACCAUUUUGACGAGGCGGAGCGGCUCUACAAGGACGUGGACCGCAAGGAUUUGGCACUGGACCUGCGCUACCGUCUCGGCGACUGGUUCGGCGUCGUGCGGCUUGUACAGGAGGGCGGCGGUGACGAGGCACUGCUGCUGCAGGCCUGGGAGAACAUCGGCGACCACUACGCAGACCGGCAGAAGUGGUCCAAAGCGGCGCAGUACUACACGCAGUGUCGGCACUACCGCAAGCUCGCCCGCGUCUUCUACAUCAUCGAGGACUAUGAGAUGCUCACCCAGCUCAUCUCCAUGGCAGAGCACGACAAGGAUCUGAUGGUGACCCUGGGCAACAUGUUGCUGACUGUCGGGCUCGCGGAAGAGGCGGCGAAGGCCUUCGUUGUGGCCAGUGAGCCGCGCAUGGCGGUAAAUGGGUGCGUGCAGGUGAACAUGUGGGACCGAGCCAUCGCUCUUGCGGAGGAGCACCGACUGGAGGAUGUCGGUCAGCUGCUCGAGAAGUACGCUAAGUACCUCAUCCACCGCGAGCGCCUCACCGAGGCGAUCGAGCUGUACCGCAAGGCUGGCAAGCACGAUGAGGCGGCGACGCUGCUGGCGCAGCUCGGUAAGCGUGCAGCCCUCAGCGACCCGCUCAAGGCGAAGAAGUUCUACGUGCUUUCAGCGCUGGAGGUGCAGAAGUAUCGCACCACCGCGAUCGCUCUCAAUCGCGACGGCGUCGAGGUCGUCUCGGAGCUUCUCAACAAGGACCGAAGCACCGUGUCGGAGCGCACGCUUGACGCGGCCUGGCGCGGUGCAGAGGCGUACCAUUUUUUGCUGAUGUGCCAGCAGCAAAUUGCGGACAAGAACUUCAAGGCCGCCCUUGUGCUGGCGAUGCGCCUCAUGGCGUACGACGACUUAGUGGCGCCGGUGGACAGCUACAGCCUGAUUGCCUUGACAGCAUAUCUCGUGAAGAACUACGGUCUGUGUAGCAAGGCAUUUGCACGACUCGAGCAGGCGGAGCGUAACGACGAAGCCGGCGGGUCCACAGUAGCAGCGGCAACGACGCAGUUGGAGAGCUUUUCCCUAGAUCUUGAUGUGACGCAGCGUACGAUGACGAGCACGGGCGGUGGGUCCACCGGCGGCGGUAUCAGCAUAUUAAGCGGCAGCCACGGCUCUGCGCUGUCCGGCACGACGACCUCCCUUCAGCUCACCAACCCGGGCAAGGGCGUAAUGCGCAUGGCGCCCCUGACGUACCCGACUGUGAGUCUGCACGACCCGCCGCGCCGCUUUGCCGACCUCGCGAGACAGAUUUUCAUGGCUCACCCUCCGGUGGACACGUCAGUGGACUCGGUGCCGUGCCCUACAUGCAGCAGCUUCAACAAAGAGUGGGCGCAGCGCUGCAUCAAGUGUCAGCAGCCUUUCAACACGUGCAUGGUGAGCGGCUGCGCUAUCGCGAGCGAGGAUGGAGCGUGGCAAUGCUCCGUGUGCCACCGCAAGGCGCUGGAGGCAGUCGUGGACAAAUACCGCAACUGCCCGCUCUGUCACACACCAAAGAAGGGUCGCACGCGGCGCGGCAUUUGA